GACAAGUGAGUGGUCGUUGUUGCAGUCAGCACUGUGCUCGGAGCAAGUCAGCAGGAUGUUCUUCAGGUGGUAUCACCUUGUGGCAACUAGAUCUAAUUGAUGCCACAGUUUUGAGCAUGGGUACGUCCAAGAUACUUUGUACUCAGGUUUGGUUUGAAAGUGGUUGUUUGUAAUGCACAAGCUGGUGAAAGUGCAUAGCUCAAGCAAACUUUGGCUGUUCUUGAUCAGCAGGAGCAGAAGUUGCUUGCUUGGUGGGACAGCUUGGAUGACUUCAAGAAGUUGUUCGUGGAAAUCGUCUUUGAUUUCAGCAGUAGCAUAGAGUGUUGGGGCAUAAACACUUAUCAGACUGACAUGGUUCUGAGGUAAAGAGAUAAGAUUCUCUCAGUACCUGCAGCUAGAGGGUCAGUUGUGUUUAGCAGGCUGUUUUUCACAGCAAUGCCAACACCGUCUCCAGUGUAUCUUCUGAGCGUUUGCCUUGAUAGAAAUAACACGGUAGUUGUCUUUAUGGAUCUUGGCAAAGUUUGCAAGUCGGGUUUCCUAGAGGGCAACGAUAUCGACAUUCAAGCGUAGGAGUUCUCAGUUGAUUACUGCUGCUUUGCAAGCAUCAUCAGUUUCAUUGAUGUUAUCAGUCCGUACAUUCCAGCAUCUGAGUCGAAUUGUGGGUUUUUAUUUUGUUUUUGUAGGUACAGGAUUUACUGUCCACUUGUCUUGAUAACUCCGUAAGCCACGUGCAUCCAAAGAGGCAAGUGAAAGUGGCGAGACAGCACCUAAUUGACCAUCAAAUUAGCCCCUGGCACCACACUCCACGCUAAUCGAGUGUAAGCUUAUGAAUGGUGACUACUAUCUCUUCAUGUUGAUUCCGUUGCGAUGUUGUGGCAAUGAUGAAGUGCCCUCUCCAGUAUGCACUUGUGCGCAGAUUGUUCAGGGGUUAGUUACUAGCCCAAUAUUUAUAACCCCUCUCUCCACGCUACUGCAGCUCCUCUUUGAGCUGCUAUGAGAGUGACGACAGUUGCUUUCAUCUGCCUCUCAACCAAAGAGAACUGCAGCACAUGAGGCACAUGUUUGUUCCAACACUAGCUUAGUCUCGCUUUAACUUGAAAAGACCUCACAGUGUCUUUGCCUUGAAGAGCUUGAGCUUAGAGCUAAAGACAUGGAACCAUUUGCUCCUGAAAACUGAUCACCACACUGAUAAUUAUUUUAGGGAACUGGAUUAUUACCCAAUGGACUUGCCCCAUGCAACCCAAAGGGAGUAAAUUAAACUUGUGUACAUAACCAGCUCCAAAACUGUUCACAAGUUUAUCCAGUGUUGUCAGGACCCCCGCCUCAGCCUCAGCCCCCUCUCCCUCUCCCUCUCCCUCUUGCUCGGCUUCCCUCGCUCUCUGUCCAGCCAUUGUUGUCGUGUCUGCAGCGUGUGAGUGAUUUUUGCAGGCAUUGGAGACAGCUGUGCGGGGAUCGGCUCACGUGUACAAGCACCCAGACCCAUAAAAGCUCGGCUCAUUUCUCCAUUCCCGGCCAGAUUGUAGACACUGAUGCUUUGUUUUCCUGCUGGUCCCCAACCUAUCUCCUGCCUGCCUUCCCCAAACUGUUAACGCCUAACCGCCCCGCAUCAGCAACACAAACACUGCCUAGGGCCACCCCGCUGUCUUGGCAGACCACGUGGUACCCAGCCACGCUCUGGCAACCUCACUCGCCACCCUGAGCCUCCCCACAGCCCACAGCCUGCCGUUUCUAGUUGAAUCCCCUGUCCCCAUGAGUAACCCUGUUUUGUCUUGGCACAGUUUUUUUUGUAUUAAUUUCUACAGCUCCCAAUUCUGUUGUGUUGGUUACUUGUGUUACGAAGCUUUUUCAUUUAGUUAUCCUCCCUGAUUGUGUUGCUGUGAGUCGUCUGUUAAUAAAUCCUUGUCAUGCUUGUAACCAGUCCCCGUUUGUUUUCGUGUCUGCACCUGGGUUCUAAUAUCCGCCGUGACAAGUGUCCGCAUCCCAGUGUCAGAAAUGACUGCAAAGAGCUCUGUCAAGCACUGAUAGAAGAAUUCUCCUCUCCUGCUGUUGAGAUCAUCUCAUUGCAGCCCUCCAAAUUAAACAUUCCUGACAUGAGUAUCUCAGAGAUGAUUACAAACAUCUGGAGCAUGCAUAUUUCCAAGGCAACAAUGCACCAGAUUUGGAAGACAAGUUUUAACAUCAUCAUUAUUAAAAGCAUUCAUUUUCACAGUCUGUCAUGCCCUCCACAUCCAAGUGGUGUAGUGGCAGUAUCUCUCUUCCCCCUCCUUUGUCUCUCUCUACCUUUUCCCCAGGUGGGUGUGAGCGUGGUGUGUGUGCAUGGAUUGCUGGCAGGUGCUGAUGACUGGAUAAUCACCUGAGUGAACACACCUGCGGCGGGGAGUGGUCCACCUGCAGCUACUCAACCUGCUGCCAUAAAAGCAUGACUCAGACCACUACUCGACACCGGACCGUAAACGAUUCCAUUCCUGACCUUCCCCGCCUGCGCCGUCUGCUGCAUGCCUGGAACUUCUGCAUUUUAUGCAGUUGUCACCUGGUCAUCUCCGGAUUCAGAACCAUACACCUCCACCAGGAAUCAGCACCUGCUUUUGCCAUCCCCACAGCCAUGCCACCUCCGCCUACCCUCCUUCCUCAUCAUUCCCCUAUCAUCAGCUGUGAGGUGGAGAUUCUAGGUGUCCGUCCAUCAUUCUGUGAGGAAUAUGUGUACAACCCAUCAGAGAAGAACCUGACAGACUCAAUAAGUAAUGCUCUCAACAUCUUGAGGUCAGGUGAAGCAGACAUGGCAGCAAUAUAUUAUGAGAAAAUAGAUGUGGAGGGCCACCACUUUGGCCCAAACUCUCAUCAGGUCAGAACAGCUGUGCGACAACUGGAUCUUGCCAUGCAGACCCUGAACAACAAAAUCAAAGAAACAAACAUGGCAAACCAACUGAACGUCGUAUUAUUUUCUGAUCAUGGCAUGACAACAAUCCAGUGGAUGGAAAAGGUCAUCGAGCUUGACAAAUACAUCAGCAUGUCGGACAUCGUCAAGAUGAUGGACCGAGGACCAGUGGUCAAUCUGUGGCCCCAUGAUCAAAAGUACCAAAAGGUGUAUGCCGCUUUGUCCCAGGUCCCUAACAUGCGUGUCUAUGCCAGACAGGAGAUCCCUGAACGAUUCCAUUACAAAGGAGGAAAGUUUGUGUCCCCCCUGACACUUGUGGCUGAGCCAGGCUGGUUCAUCACUGAGAACAAGACAAGACUCCCUUACUGGAAAAAUGACUCUGGGGAGGCCUCAGCAUGGCAGAAUGGCUGGCAUGGUUAUGACAAUGAGUAUCUGGACAUGAGAGGCUUUUUCUUGGCAACAGGACCUGAUUUCAAGCGGAAUUGCCGGGCAGCUCCAAUUCGAUCAGUGGAUGUCUACAACCUGAUGUGCUGGACAUUGGGAGUGGAUCCUUUACCCAACAAUGGGUCCUGGGCUCGGGUGGAGUAUCUGCUGAACGGCUCUGGUGGUCGAGCUCAACCAGCAACUCCCUGGACCUGCUGUAUGGUUUUGUUAGGGGUACUGUUGGCAAUAUGCUACGAAAACAUCUAACAGCUGAGGGUUUUUACCGUCUAUGAGUAGCUAGAGACAGUUUGCCGGAAACAGAACUUCCAGCCAUAGAUAUGGUAUGACGUCAUGGUAAAAUAGUAUUAACAGUAAAAAUGAAAAUUAUGAAACAGUAGAGAUAUAGUGUGUCAGCAGGACUGUAACUCUAUUUUACCUAAAAUACUACUAAGUUCUCUCCUAACUAUUUUACAGAUGAUUUGCUGAAAAUGUAUACAGAUUCACUGAACAAAACCUUACUCAGUAUUUGUUGUCUAGAAGCUGUUGAAUGUAAACUUCUUCUUCCUUUUUUGGGGGGCUGUUCUUUUCAAAAUAAUCCAGAACAUAGUGAUGCGUAUUAGCCAAAUCUUUGCAAGGUCAGAGAAUCAUUUUCGAAAUCACACAACAGUACUUGUAUAUUGAUAGGUUAUAUACAGUAAAGAAUGUCAAUGCUGCCUUUGUUUGAAAUGGGCAACAUCUAAAAUAGAGUCAUUAAGCGCUGUGUGAUGACACAUGUUCUAAACUGCGUUAUACAAUUACAAUUGAACUGAACUGAAUCAUAUGCAGUGGCAUGAGUUGUACUCUAAAGUGGUAAAGAAAAGCUACCUGUAGGAGAUAUUUUGGAACCCUAGCAUUUCCGGUUGCUUUUUUUCUUUGCUUUGCUUUUAAAAUCCAGCACACUUGGUCUGUACUGGAUGAUUAUUGCAACUGAAAUGAUUAUUUUAAAAGAGUAUUUCAUUUUUGUUAAGCCUAUGUAUGACACAUUGUUUUUGUGAAACGUGAU